AUGACAUCAGUACAGAAUGCAGAGAAGGUUCUGAGAGACUUCAUCAGUAAACACUCUCUACCCGAGAUCUAUCAGGCAUUGUUGGCUGGAUUAUGUUCCCCAUGUCCUAAAAAUACAAUACAUUUACUGGAAAUGAAAAUCAUGGAAAUCCAGGAAAAUUGGAACGUGGAUAUUGACUGUAAGGAGAUGCAGUUUCCCUCGGUCCCCGAGUGUACAUCAGCUCUUUCACACCUGCUUGAGAAGGCAUACACAUGUUACCGAAAAAGCUUGACAAAAAUGUGCUUUAAGGCUUGGGUAAAGUUCAUUUUGAGGAGGAGGAAGGAGGCGGCGGAGCUGGUGCUGAAGAUGAGGACUGCGGAGGACCUGUACGAGGAGACGCGGCAGAGACUGGCCCUGCGUCGCUGGCGGGCCUGGCUGCAGAUGCGCACGCGGAGACAGCACGACGCAGUAAAGAAAAUUCAGGGGGUCUGGAAUGCAGUCCUCUGUCGGAUUGUUCUUCGAGCCUGGCAACAUGUCGCUCAGGACGCCAAAAAGACCAGGGAGUACUUUGAGCGGCUGGAAAAAGGACUGCUGGAGUCUGACUCUUACAACAUGGGCGGCACACUCCUGGAGGGACAGGAUGGAGUGUCCCUGUUGCCCUGGAAAGUGGCGCUGAAGAUCUUUAAGAAUUUAGAGGUUGGUGAUCUAGUGAAAUGUUGCCAGGUGUGUCGGACUUGGAAGGCCAUUGCCCAGACCCACACCCUCUGGAGUUGUAUAAACUUCUCUUCGGAGAGGCGGCGGAUCACGGACGAGGCCGUGGCGCGGAUCCUGCAGAAGUACCGUCCGUUUGUGGCGCACCUGAACAUGCGGGGGUGCUCCUCCCUGCAGGGGCCCGGCUUCCUGCGCAUCGGUGACUGCAAGAACCUGCAGGAGCUCAAUCUGUCCGAGUGCACCGGCAUAAACGAUGAAACACUGAGGAUUGUUCUAGAAGGCUGUCCGGCUCUUCUUUACCUGAAUUUGUCUUACACUGCUGUAACAAACAACACUUUCAGAGCACUCUCCAGGUGCUGCCUCAAUCUCCAGUAUCUCAGCCUGGCUUACUGCAAGAGGUUCACGGACAAAGGCUUACAGUACCUGGCCACAGGGAAGGGCUGUCACAGGAUCAUCUACUUGGACCUCUCGGGCUGCACUCAGAUCUCUGUGGAAGGGUUCAGAUUCAUCGCCACGGGAUGCAGCCUGCUCCAGCACAUGGAAUUCAAGCACAUACCAACCCUCACGGACAGCUGUGUGCUGGCGAUGGUCUCGCAGUGCAGGUCUCUGAAUGCGGUCUCCCUCCUGGACGCCCCCAAUCUCACGGACAGCGCCCUGAAGGCGGUCGCCGAGGGGUGCAAGCUGACCAGAAUCAGGGUCGAAGGUAACAGUCACGUGACGGACGCCAGCUGGAAGGCUUUCUGCAGGAACUCUCCGGGCCUAAAGCACAUCUCUGCAGCGGACUGUCGAGGGCUGACCGACCAUGGCAUGAAGGCCAUUGGGGGUCUGAAGAACCUGAUCUCACUGAAUGUGGCCGACUGCUUCAGGGUGACUGACCUGGGUCUGCGCUGUUUGGUGGAGGGUCUGUCUGGGCCCCGGAUCCAGGAGCUGAACCUGAGCCACUGCAGACGCAUCAAUGACGUGUCCAUGGUUAGGAUAGCGCAGAGGUGCACCAGCCUGACCAACCUCAGCCUGUGUUACUGUGAUCAUCUGACCGACACCGGGAUCGAGUGGCUGGGGAGCGUCUCUUCCCUGAUCUCCCUGGAUCUCACCGGAACCAGCAUACAGGACCAGAGCUUGUCGGCUCUUGGCAGCAACUCCAGCUUAAGGAAGCUGAGCGUGUCAGAAUGUCUCUGGAUAACAGACAUUGGAAUUGAGAAAUUGUGCAAGCAGGUGAAGGGUCUGGAGCACAUGGACCUGUCCCACUGCCUCUCCCUGUCGGACCAGUCCGUCAAAACACUGUCCUACCACUGCCGCACCAUCCGCUCGCUCCGAAUGGCCGGCUGCCCCAAAAUGACGGACGUGUCGGUGCAGUGCCUGAUGGGAGCGGGGCAGCACCUGCAGGAGCUGGACGUGAGCGGCUGUGUGCACCUGAGCGACCGAGCCGCCAAGCUGCUGCAGCGGGGCUGCCGACGCCUCCGCUCCGUCUCCAUGCUCUACUGCAGGGGCAUCUCCAAGCAGGCCGCCCUGAGACUGCGCCCCCACAGCCAGCACUGGGAGCACAGCAGGGACGACGCCCCCCGCUGGUUCGGCUACGACAGCGCGGGCCUGCUGCUGCACCCCAUCCGGAGGCCGCGCCGGCUUCAGCAGCAGUGGGAGGAGGAGGAGGAACGGGGAGGAGGAGGAGGAGACGAGGCACGACAGGAAGGGCCCAGGCCAGCGACAGCCUCCAAGCCAUAG